AUGUCUUCUCUGAUUGUACUUACCAAAAGUGGGGGCAUUGUUACUGGGAGAUGUGGCAGAACUAUCAAUGCCACAGUGCCUAUCGACUUUUCCAACGUUAUGAUCCAUGGUGAUAGCGCAAGACUACCAUUGCAGGGAAACUACAUUAAGGGGGGUCCUUCGCUCGUACCUGUCACACGCUGGAACUUCACAGUUGGGAACGCUACCUACGCAAUUCAGCCCGAUCCUGUGUUUUCAGGAGGCCCUUCAUGCAUGACAGAUGUUGACUCUGUUAAUGACCGCAUUUCUAUCUACUGCACAGACUUAUAUUGGGAUUAUGAUGAUGUUAUCGACGAAACUAUUGAAUCUGGUUGUAUCAGCGACUUACCCCCAGCGAGGAGCGGGCAGAAAGAAGACUAUUACCCCAAGAACAUCAAGAAGCCCAAAGUAGAUCCUCACAUAUUCCUUCCGAUAGGCUUCGGUGGGGUAGGGGCCUGGACUUAUUUUACAAGAAGGAGACCCAGCCUUGACGGCGCUGGUUAG